AUGGAGUGCGGAGGUGGAAUAUUAUCGUCUUUCUUUAACACUAGAUGCAGACGAGAGGAAUCAGAAAGACACGAGUCAUUCUUGGAAAAUGGGAGCAAGGUACUGGAGGAGUUCAUCACUUCAUGGAAUGGACGAUGGAGCAUUCCUAUCCGUAACUUCUCUGCUCAGGAGCUCAUUAGGUCGACCAAUAACUAUGACCCUAGGCAUUUGGUUGAUGAAGAUGCUUAUUAUGCAUUGUACGUAGGUUCUUUCGGAGAACGCCCAAUUUUGGUUAAGAAGUAUAGGUCGUUAGGGCUUGAUAACUUUUCUGGUGGCGCUCAUCUCAAGGCCGGUGCAGUCCGUGACAUAGUGACUACAUCGCAGAUGAGUUGUCACAAGAAUGUUCUGAUGCUCAUAGGUUGCUGCUUGGAAUCUGAAUAUCCCUUUCUAGUUUAUGAAGAUGUAGGGAGUACUGAACUUCUCUCUCACUCGUUCAAAAGUGAAGAUUUCUCAAUAUCUAUAGUGAUUCCUCCAGGAGAAUCACAGGUGAAAGAUAUGGUAAUCUCAUCACGCAGUCUCGUGGAACCUCAGUACCUCCAAACAGGGAUUCUUACUGAGAAGACUGAUGUUUAUGAUUUUGGUAUGUUUCUUGUAGAACUUUUGACUGGAAAGAGAAUUGCUGACAUACAGCUUCACCUCCAAUAUGGGUGCUUUGAAGAUUAUGUGCACAAGGGUGGGUUGAAUGAAAUUGUGGAUGCUAGAACUCGAGAGGGAAGUGGAGGCGGAGUUGAGCAAGAGCAACAAUUGCAAGCUUUUGUAUCACUUGCAAUGCAAUGUCUUCAAAAAGAAGGAGAAGAUAUGCCAGAAAUGAUUGAUGUUGCCAAAGAACUUAAACGAAUUCAGAGGCCGCCUCUUGUUCAUCCCCCAUCAGCUCAAACCAUAAAUCCAUUAUAA